AUAGAAGAGUAAUUUUUGAACAAAAAAUAUGCCUCCCAAGUUCAAGUGCCACCUAAAUGAUGAUGAUGUCACUGGCUCUGUGAAAAGUGAAAGGAGAAAUCUUUUGGAAGAUGAUUCAGAUGAAGAAGAGGACUUUUUUCUAAGGGGACCAUCUGGACCAAGAUUUGGACCUAGAAAUGAUAAAAUUAACAAUGUUCAGAAUCAGGUGGAUGAAGUUAUUGAUGUCAUGCAAGAAAAUAUCACAAAGGUAAUUGAAAGAGGGGAGAGACUAGAUGAACUACAGGACAAAUCAGAAAGUUUAUCGGAUAAUGCAACUGCUUUUAGCAACAGAUCCAAACAGCUUUGAAGGCAAAUGUGGUGGCGUGGAUGCAAAAUAAAAGCCAUCAUGGCAUUGAUUACUGCUGUCCUUUUGCUAGUGAUUAUCAUUCUUAUAGUUGUGAGAUACCAUGCUUGACUUGAUGGCAGAGCUCCUCAUUAAACAAGAUCUGGGACAAUAACAAUAACAAAAGAUUGCUGCAUAAUUUAAAUGAAACUUAUGUAUAUAACUUUCAAUUUUUCUUUUUCAAGAAAGAGGCAAGUAUCAUUUCAAAUUGGAACAUUGAGAAUGUUUCAGUUAUCUUCUUCCCGCCUGACAAAAUGUGCUUUGAGUAGUUAUAUUUAAGGCAAAGAUCUUUAUUUUGUUUUAUCCCAAGGAUCUAAUUUGAAACUAGAUACUUGCCAGGUCAUUAUUUGUAUAUAUUGUUAAACACUGAUACUUACAUUUUAGUGGCAGAGAAACUUGUAU